GCAACCUAAUCCUUAGAGUUUAAUAAUUUAAUUUCUAAUUGAUAUUUCUCGAGUCUCGACUCGCGACUCUCGACCUUUGGUCUCGACAAGUAUGAAUUGGCAUUUAACAUCUUAUUCUUUUAAUAUCCAACUAAAAGAAAUUCUUUUAAUAUCUACCCUUACUCAAUGAAAAUCAUAUUACUUAUAUAUGCAACACAAAAAAAAGUUUCUUAGUACUAGUAAUAGUAAAACUUAAAAAUUUAGUUAAUGAUUGUUGAUAUAAAAACGGAAGAUUUACAUUAAUUUUAAGGGAUACAGUGAAUUCAAAUAAGUUACCUUUCUUCGUCGCACAUCACUCAUUUUGUCAAAGCGUUUUCAAGUAUGGACAUACAAAUAACUUUAGUUGAUAAACUAAAAUUAUACGGUGUUGGGCAUCGGAAACUCGAUGAUGAUCUUUUUAACGAUAUGCCGCCUUCGAGAUUGGGUAUUUACGAUGCAGAUGAAGAAGAUCUGUGUCAUGCGAUGUUAGAAACAACAUGUACAGUUCCCGGUUGUAAUUUCACAGUAACUAAUCUACUAGACUUCGAAAAUCACUACAAUUCUUCUCACAGAUAUAGUUGUAGUCAAUGUAAGAAAGUCUUACCCUCGCCACAUCUUCUAGACCUACACAUACAAGAGAAACAUGAUUCGUUCUUUGCAGUAAUGGCUGCUAAAAAGCCUUCAUAUUCCUGUUAUACAGAAGAAUGUAAAGAAAAAUUUAUGACCGCCGAAGACAGACUAAACCACUGUGUUAAGACGCACAAACUGCCUAAAGACUUUAGAUUUGAUCAAAAACCAAAGCAAAAGACUAAAAAUAAGAAAAAUCAAAAUUCAAUGGAAAUAGACAAAGAGAGUAGCCAGAAGGAAAAGAAGUUUACUUUUAACAAUAGUAAACAAAUAGGAUUCAAGAAAUUUUUUAUUAAAAAGUUUACAAAUGAUGAACAAAACUCAACUGCUUCUGUAAAUGUAGAUGAAGCUAUGGCAGACAUAAAAGAUAGCUUGCCAACAUAGAUCGAGAUAAAUUACUAUCAAUAUGCCUAAAUGAAAAAAGUCGAAGCCUCCAGUGCCUCACCUCAUUACUCGUUUUAAAAUUGGUAUUGUUUUUAAAAUAAAUAUAAUGAUAAUUUGUUAACAAGACAAAAUGUUAACAGUGUCAAAAUUUAUAAAGUUGUAGGCUAUAA